UCCAAAUGGUGGAUUUACACAACAAACACCUGUUUGUUGUGUGCGUGGGGCAGAGAGAGAGGUGACAGGUGAGGUGAGGGCGGUGGCGGGUGUGUCUAAAGCAGUCGUUCUCUCUCUCUCUCUCUCACACACACACUCUUACAAACCCUGUUGGACCUGUUGCUGCCCGUUCACCCGGCUCCUCCCGGCUCCUUCACCUGACACCGCCUGGAAGUUAAUCUCACUGCUGCACAAUAGCACUUGGUGUGAUUUAAGCGUAGCUGCAUUUUGGCUGUGGGGAUCUCUGUCAGUUAUUAACCUUUGGACCGUGAGCAGAGUUUACCUGCGUCGGGACGACCUGGACGCUACUUCCUGUUCACGCUCUUCGGCUGGAUUGACUUCUUACCUGCAACAUUGCAAGUCAAAAUAAGACCGUCUCUGGACUUGCUUUACCUCUUGGAUUCUCUAGGCUGACAGCGUGGUCAAAACACUCCUGAUGGAUUUUCCGAAUUCUCUCUGGUUGGAAUUGGAGGCUCCCUGCAAAAGGCUGUGAUUGUUUGUGUGAGUGUGUGUCGGCGGCUCCAGGGGUUGCAAAAUCAGGGCAGGAUGAUGGAAGAGGUGUCUGCGAUUAUGGCGUACGAUGCCCACGUUAUGGAACAGAUGAGCGAAGACGAGAUCUUGGCCUGCUUGAUCCCGGCCAUUGAGGAUAAACUGGGGGAAAGCCGGCUUCAAUUAAUGAAUGAUGAGGAUUCUUUGGAUAAAUACGUGAAGGAGAACCAUCGGCUUCAGCAGGCCGGCCUCCGCCUGGAGCAAGAGAACGACAACCUUGCUCACAGAUUGAUCAGCAGCAAGGUUGCUUUGAGGAGCGCUCUGGACAAGGCAGAGGACAAAGUGGACGAACUCACCAAAGAACUUUUUCAGACCAGACAUCUACUACAGGCUACGGAAGAGGAGAAAAUUGGGAAAGAGGAGGAAGCUGCCGCGUCAAAGGAAGUGUUUCGGAGGGAGCUGGAGAAGGCUGAGCAGCAAGUCAGCAGGUCGUCUGGUGUUAUCGCGGACUACAAACAGAUCUGCUCUCAGCUGAAUGAGCAGCUGGAGAGGCAGCAAGCCGCCCACAGAGAAGAGUUGGAUGCACUCAAGAGCGCAGUGACGGCUUGCUCGCGCUGCCGACAUGUCGUGGAAUCAGAGGACCUGUCAGCGGUAGAAGGCCGAGGAGAAGACGGUGACGGCUCAAAAGAUGCAGGGCAGAGGAGAGACGACCAGGAGAAGGAGUCCCUCAGGGCCCAGAUGAGGGAGCAUGAACAAGAGUUGGCCAAGACCAAACUCCAGAUGGUGGAGGCUAAGUGCAAGAUCCAGGAGCUGGAGCACCAAAAAGGAAUUCUGGCCAACGAUCUUCUGGAAGCGAAGAACAACUGGAUCAGCAAGGCCUUCACCUCCCGGCGGCCCUCCAGCGAAGGGGGGCUUCGCAGUAUUAUAAUACCCAGAGAUGGGGCUCCCACGGUGGGCUGGAACCUCCAUAAGAGACCCUUCUCUGGAUGGAGCACCAAGAAGCUGUCAUGGCCUCACAGAGACAAUGAAGAAAAUGUAUGAUAGCUGGCGCUGUGAAUCUGCCAACCACGUAACUUUAAUAAGAGGAUACGACCUGUAUUGGUUCACACAGAUAUGUCCAGUAUGUAGUCAAUCCUGUAGCUGCUAUCUCUUGUUUAGUGUGCUGAAGGGCAGUCUGAAAAGGAGCAGCGGGCCUGAGAGCGUCUUGCCUGUGGGCGACUUUACAAUGAUGAAGUCAUUUUUUAGAUUUGUAAGCCAAAUCAAUGCAACUUGAUUUUCUGUGUCUAUUAUUCUUGAAAUUGUCCUGUACAUACUUCUUGUGUUUUUAUUCAUAAUAAUUUGAAUACAAUAUUCA